AUGGAUGCUAAGCGCCUGCAACAGGAGCUUUCCGGGGCCAAAACAGAAAUUUCUCUUUUGAAACAGGAGUUGCAAGCAGCAAAAGAUGAGAUAGAUCGCCUGGAAACGGUGAACUCUAACCUUAUGACCUUUACGGCCCAGGCGUCAACAAAGUCUGCAGACGAUGGCCCUCGUCUGACAGAACUGGAGCUACAGAUUUCCGAGUUGAAAACACAAAAGGACACGGCAGAAAGUGACCUAUCUAGGGUCACGGCUACCAAUCUGGCGCUCCAAUCGGAACUGCAGGCUUAUCGACUUGAUAAUGAAAGCCUGCGGCGCGAUGUCAUUGAAUUUAAACAACAGCUUAGCGCAUUAGCGUCGCAAGGAGUAGGAGCAGCACAGCCCCAUUCAGAUGAGGUCAUUGGCCUCAGACAGCAGGUAUCUAGGCUUGAGCAAGCCCUAGAAAAGUACAGAUUUACGUCCUCUGACCAUUCUGCUUGGGAAGAGAGAUGCUAUCAGGCCGAGUCCCGCAUCACUGAACUAGAGGUCCUUCUAGCCGGGGCAGAGAAGUACGCAAACAUGUAUCAGGAGACACAGCGUCUUCUUGAGCAUGCGCGCGCAGAGUUAGCACGUCAGGCAUCUAGUACUGGCCAAUCACCCCGGGAACUCGAAGAUCUAUUGUCUGAGUACAAGACAAAGCUCUUAGCUGCAAAUGAGCACAACAAACGCAUAUCAGAGCAAUAUGAUAAACUUCUGGAAAUCAGAAACAAGCAGGACGAGCGGCUGAAAAGGAUGGGAGAAGUCCAGCGGCAGAACGAUACUCUCGCUAUUCAGACUGAUAUUCUAAAUGCAGAGCUAACAAAGCUUAGACUCAAGGAGAAGGAAUAUAGCAACAUCCUUUCAUCUGUCGACUCCCACAAUCUGCGAAACGAUGAACGGCUUAGGGAGCUUGAACAAAGGCACCGCCUGGAAUUGAGCCGCUGCGAAGAGGUGAUUGCUGGCCUUCGAGAGGACAAGUCGCGUCUUGUUGAACAGAUUCAGGCGCAGAGAGCAGAUUUCCACAUCUUUACACCAGAACGGCAGUCGCUCCCACGUGGCGGAGAUAGUGGCAAUUUUGAUCCUCCUACCAAAGCCUCACGCCCUAUGUCUGCUCAGCUGUAUCAGAUGAGUGCAAGAAGUCCAAAUUUAACUGGUUAUCACGAUGGUCCUGUGGAUCAGCAUGCUCUAAACGCUUCGCGGCACCGCUCACGGCCCUCGACGGCCCUCAAGGCGACGACGCAGUUACGGCUAGCUUCGCGGACCUUGCGAAACAUAAUGAGCUAG